AUGUCGCCCUGGCCUGACCGAAACCUACAAGUGCAACAAAGGGCUGCCGCAGUGUUCUGCCUGCCGCCGGACCCAGGAGACAUGUGUAUACGAGAAACCGAUGAGGACUCCGCUGACCAGAAAGUAAAUCUUCGCACGCCUAGCCACAGAUGGACGCUUACAUGUCUCAGAUACCUCACCCAAGUCGAGCAUCAACUGGCAGAAGCUCGCGCCCUCGUGCAGCAGUAUGCCUCGGCCCCAUUUGCCAUCCGAGAGGCGUUGGCUCAGCCCGAUGGCGAAAUUGCCCCACAGGUCACCGCCUCAUCCUCGUCCGAUACUUUCACAGUCGCUUCAGAUCACUCUGACGAGCACACUCCGAACGGAAAGGCCCAGAAACCGUCCAGUUCAAAAGCAAUCACAUUUCCACUCGAGCCAACGCCAGCCUCAGUCUCUGGCAACCUGGAAUGGGAUGAACGGAGUGUCGCCAGAAGCCGAACACAGGCAGAUGGAAUGGGAAACUUGGCCAAUGGCGGAAACGAAGGAUACCUCGGCGUAGCAUCAGGCGCGUCUUUCUUGCAUCUCACCCAAGUUGGCCAGCCGAUUGAAUCCGAACAGACUGAGGACCCAGCAUUACCAAACGUUCCACAGCAGACCCUCCCACCCUCUCGGCUCGACUCCUUCAUUGACGACUACUUCACCAUCUACCAUCCGUCUUAUCCCAUCAUACACGAAGCAACCUUCCGAGCCGAGUACAUGGAAGUCAUCCCAAGGCCGGCCGGGACCCUUUGGCAUGUCCUCCUCUACGUCGUCUCGGCUCUUGGGGCGUGCAUAUCCGGGAAAUAUCCAUCGGGCACAGAUGCUGCGCUAUUCGAAGCGGCGAAAAGCAGGCUCUCUUUCGACAUCCUCGAGACAGGGAGCAUGAUGCUCGUACAGGUGCUUGUGCUUGUCGCCAACUACGUGCAAAAGGCAAACAAGCCGAACUCCGGCUACAAUUACCUGGGUCUGGCCAAGCGCGUUGCUGUAGGCAUCGGGCUCCAUAGAGAGUAUUCCGACUGGGCCGUCACUCCCUGGCAGAUGGAAAUGCGUCGUCGAGUGUGGUGGGGCCUUGUCAUCUUCGACACUGGGGCGUCCAUUACAUUUUCACGCCCGAUAGAUUCGCCUACAGGUGUGGACGUUGGCCUCCCCCGGAACUUCCGAGAUACGGACCUGACGAGGGCCUCGAGCCAGUUCCCGGAUGAAGCUGCCGAGACGACCGUUUACACCAACCUGCGUUGUCAAGCGCUGUUCAACAUGGCUAUCCAAGACAUCUUCGCCGCCCUCAUCAGCGGGAACUACCCUUCUCCCGAGGUGCUUCUCCAACUUGAUGACUCCCGCAUCGGGGGCUGGCUCGCCCAUCUGCCCCCAUACUUCAACGAACACGCUCCCCAGGUGCCCAAGUUCGCCCUCUGCCAUGCAAUCCUUCAUCUGCGGUGCCGCAACUUCAAGAUAAUAAUGUACCGCCCCUUUGUCAUGAGAUCGGCCAUGCUACGGAACACAGCCCGCGCCGCAAGGACUCGGCAAGAAAGCGAGGAUGAGCAGUCUCAGCGGAUGGACCCUUCGUCACCCAUCAACCUUGGCAUCCGGCGAUGCCUCCAAGCAGCCGCCGAGACGAUAACCACGACGUCAGCGCUCUGGUUUGCCGAAGGGGCGUUCAGCAACGCCGCCAACAACAGAACCCCCAUGGCGUGCUGGUACGGCAUCUACUUUGUGUUCCAAGCCGUCAUCAUCCCGGUCGUGUCGCUGAGGAACGAGCCGCAGUCGGGACAGGCGGAGGGAUGGCGGCGGCAGGUGCGGCAGGCCGUGCGGACGCUGGAAGACAUGGCGCACGUCAACCCGACGGCGGCGCGGUGUCUGCGUGUUAUCGCCCGGCUGUGCGGGCCGUUCCUUUUGGGCGAUGAGGUUAUCGCGACGGAAGAGAGCCCGCAGACCCAGCUGAACGAUUUGAAUUCCCUGCUGUGGCCCCUGGAUUCCACGCAGUUUGGAUACGAGGCAGUCCCUGGCGAUGGAGGGAUUACCGACUUCUUCAAUCAGCUCCCGGGAUUCCAGUGGGAAUGA